AUGAGCGAGAAGAAAAGCUAUUUGCCCACCCUAGAAGACGCCAACAAUCCAUUGUCGCCAGAACAGUUGGAAAUAUUGCACCAGCAGGUGGUAUCGGAAGGCGAGCUAGCCUCCAUCCAGUCGAAAUUCAAUUAUGCUUGGGGGUUGAUAAAAUCAGACAAAGUCGACGACCAGAGAAAGGGCGUCAAGUACUUGACAGAAGUGUUCAAAGACUCACCACAGAGAAGACGAGAGUGCCUAUACUAUCUAGCGUUGGGCUCGUACAAGUUGGGGGAUUACUCAGACUCCCGAAGAUAUGCUGAGGCGUUGGUAAACCAUGAGCCAGAAAACUCGCAAGCCCUCAGCUUGAAGAGGAUGGUGGAGGACAGAAUAGCCAAAGAGGGCUUGAUUGGAAUUGCCAUUCUCUCUGGAGCAGUUGCUGUUGGUGCAACAUUGAUUUCGUUGAUGAGGAGAAAACGAUGA